GUCACAAAGACGCGUAUGUCACAACCCAUGAACGCUGUGACCGUGACAUAAUUAAUGUCUUGACAAGCUUAAAUGUUCCCCUCGACCACACACUGCUAGCAAAGUACUCAAAUGCCGGUCACUCCAAUUGUGCAGACAAGCGACUUACUUUUCGAACAAAUGGUGCAGCCAACUGACGAUUCACCAAUUCAUCAGCUGGUGCAAUCAGUCUUUGCAGAGGUUCUGACCGAGUUUCGCGACUGGAAAGUCAAAUACUGCGAGCAUAUUCUCCACUCUCUAUCCCACGGCAAACGAAGUUCACCGUUACAUGUUCCUAUAUUAGAUGGCGACAAGAUGCCUCUCAACAUCGUCGGUAACGUCGGUGGGAGUCCGGACAGAGACACGAAAAGCUUGGUUGCAGUGACCUCUUACUCAGAGGACGGAACUCCAAUAUCUACUUCGACGAUAUCACUUCAGGUAGUACACGCCGAGCUGCUUGAGCCACACAAACCAUAUGAGUCUUGCUCUCCCAUCUCAAGGAAUAUCUUUAGGGGAGACGAUGACGAUAUGAUGGCAUUUAUGCCAUACGCAGAUGAUGCAACUUUCGACCACGUAGAUCAUGCGCUGUGCUAUGACUCCUUUGCGUGGCAGGAUGAUUAUGAUCCAGACUUAGAAGUUAUAUCCUUAGAGGCAGCCUACCGCCUCCGUACGGUUCACAGUCUACUCUACCAGGACAUAGAUAACACGGGGAUGCUUCCCUUCAAGCUUUUUUCAACUCCAGGAAAACCGGGGCUGUUUACCCUCAGUCAUCGUCGUGAUCUGCUCGAAUGGAAGGGAACCAUAAUCCCUUGUUCCCACAGCUUUCCUUCCCCUUCAUUGCCGUCUCACAGUAACCUUCAAUAUCGGCUUGGGCGCGCCCACGCAUUGUUUUGUCCUAACCUCAACUGUAUUGAGUCCCUGUGCACCGUUCAUGUUGAAUUCAACCCCAUGCCGCCACCCCGUAAGCCAACCAUUCGGCUGUCAGAGCUACUGAAACGUGUAGAACGCCCCUGCGAAGCUGGCUGCUUCUUGCAGACCAGGACAAUCGAGUUACACCCUCGAUGGAGUGAAGACGACAUCAAUUCGUUCAAGACCAUCUUAGACAUCGAGCCAGAUAUGAUACCUUGUGACCAUGCUGAACUAUGCUUUAAACCUUGCCACGAGGUCCUUUAUUAUCGCAGAUUAUUAUGUCCUGAUCUCAACGAGCCUCAAAUCGAGCAUCCGAAUGGGGAACACAAAGAGAGGCUGCGAUUUCAAGACUUUCAAGAUCAUGACCCGCUCAAGUUCACGCCGAACGAACCUUGCUAUCACUCUGGGCCAUGUGACGUUUCGUCCAACUGUCUAUGUUUCAAGAACAAUGCUCGUUGCCAGCGGAACUGCCGUUGCCCCGCCAAAUGUGCUCGAAGAUGGAAAGGUUGUCGCUGCGCAAAAACUCGCAACAGAAUGAGCUGUGGGAGUGUAAAGCGAUGCCCUUGCGUCGAAGCUCGACGCGAGUGCGAUCCGGAGCUGUGUGUAAAAUGCGGAUGUCGGUACCCGGAAACAAGCGUCUGCGGGAACUCCCAAAUUCAACAAGGGCAAUUCAAGACUCUGGAGGUCAAGGAAAGUCGAUGGGGCUUAGGCGUAUUCCUCCUCGAGCCAGCCAAAAAGGGCGAUUUGAUCGUGGAGUACGUCGGGGAGCUAAUCUACGAAAUGACAUUCGACAGCCGCGGAGAGGUCGCACACCACCGGGGACGAAGUUAUGUCUUUGGUCUUAACGAAUCGAUAUCCCUGGAUGGUUCGCGCGUAGGCAACUCGUCCAGGCUCAUCAACCAUUCGGGUCCUACUGAUGCCAGCAACGAAACGCAGUGCAAUUGCCGUGCUUUUGCACGCCUUGUGAAUGGGGAGCAUCGUAUAGGAAUCUUUGCCACCAUAAACAUUGACCCUGGAUCUGAGAUUCUCAUCGAUUAUGGCCCGGCGUUCUUCACGGAGCAAGAAAAUGCAGAGGCCCCGUGAGUCCUUCGCGUUAGGUCACAUAUCCAUGGUUGACUUUUUAUUUUCGCUAGCGAUUCGAAUUAAUCCAGUCAUUAUCAAAGAAUAUGUUCAGACUCCCCUUACUUAAAGAUACCACGGGCAGUAAAUUUAAUUCUGGCUCAGCAUUUGGGCCAUCCUACAGUUACGAGAUGCGUUUUAAGGCAUUUACUUAUAAACUACUCAUUGCUUCAAAGUUUGUCUGCGAGUGCACGACCAUGUGUAGCAUUUCGUACUCAUACAACCAAUACUUGUCAUUAAAUAACUUGAUC